UGUACUCGUUAUAACUUGCUCAACUGUUAGAUAAUGCCGGCUUUGAUAAGCUAUCAAGGAAACUACUUAAAGGCCAGUUAAUUCCAGACUGUCAACAAAGUGCUGAUCCGUUAAGAGAAACUCCCACUCUACAACAACUUAUGGCUUUUCCAAUGCUAAAUGGUAGUGAAAUAAACAUUCUUAUAAAAAUUGGUGUUCGCUACAAUGUUUUUGGAAUAUUCCUGCUAAAUGAUAAUGAUGGAUCCAGAACGGAUGCCCUGAAGGAGAAGUGUAUGCGAGAUUCGGAUGCAAUCAACCUAGAAAUUUCAAAAAAGUGGUUGCAAGGUGAAGGUAAAUUGCCAAUAACAUGGGUCACCUUUCUCAGAGUAUUGAAAAAUAUUGAUAUGAAAUCCCUUGCCUUUGAUAUUGAGGCAUCUCUCCGGGGUCUGUCCCUCCGGGGUAAGUCGUCCCUCCAGGGGCGACACUAAUUAUUCAGUGUACAUCACUGGCUGUCUUAUGUGUUUAGUUAGGUAACAACUGUCCUCAUAUUAAUCAUUAAAUAUGAAAUUUCAUGUUUUGUAACCCAGCUUUUUUUAGUUCCAUGUGUUUGUGCCUAGCAUGUUAGCCAAAUCUCAACUGAAGAGAAAUAAAGUCCUUUCCCACACAAUUCCUAUUGAAAUAUUGUAUCGAACUUCAUGUGCCUAGACAAUUCCCAAUCUCUUGGAAAACAUGCAACAACCUAAUGAAAAUUGCUCUGAAUAACUGCAAAUGUGUACUUAAAGCAUUCAACCAUCAAACUGUUUUAUCACUUCUUGAACAAAGGUUGCUACCUCACAUACCUCCAAAGUUACUUUUACUUCCUCUUUCGACAUACUAGAACAAAUGCCACACAUUUUUAUGACCAAGAGCGAGCAGUUGAACAUAUUGGAAUGAAAGUCCUUUCCCACACAAUUCCCAUUGUAUUGAGCUUCAUGUGCCUAUAGACAAUCCCAGUCUCUUGGAAAACGUGAAACAACCUAAUGAAAAUUGCUCUGAAAAACUGCAAAUGAAAAAGCAUUCAACCAUCAAACAGUUUUAUCACUUCUUGAACAAAGGACACCUCGCAUACCUCCAAAGUUACUUUUACUUCCUCUUUCAACAUACUAGAACAAAUGCCACACAUUUUUAUGACCAAGAGCGAGCAGUUGAACAUAUUGGAAUGAAAUUCACAUUAACACUAUCAGUAGCUACAGUUUUAUCAAGUGUACCAUACAACAUCUCACAAGAAAUUGUUAUUUCUGAACAAAGCCACCUCAAGAAAAUAAUUACUGAACAAAGCUACGUCAACUAGCUCAAAAGCUACUUGUGCAUUGUUUACUUACCUUGGUGUGCGUAUCUUACCACCAACACUGUGUUACUGAACAGCUUAUCAUCAGUAUUGAAAAGUGUAACGUGUAAUGUCCCCUGAACCAAGCUGCAUCAAUGAAUUAAACAACCUUCAGAUACCUCAAAAGUUACUUCUGCUUUUCCAACUUUACAUUGGUGUGGAUGUGUCUUAACUAAUAGAGCUGUGUUAAUGUACCAAUGUGUAUCAUCUACGUUAACCUUUUUAAACAUGACACCUGUACGAAAAACUGACUACAUGAUAGCUAGACUAUGGAAAUCCUCCCCUCCCUAAUCACAUUUUUAUCAAACUUUCACUAGCAAUCCUAUCGCCAUCAAUAGAUUGUCUCUGCAACUUUGACAGACGUAACAAAUUAGUUGCCAAUAAUAAUAUUCUUCUGACUUUUUUCAAGUCAUGACUACUAAUAGUCUAAUCCUAAGACACAGUUCUAUAUCAUAUUGCUCUAAAGAAGAGCGUGUAUGCUGUGUAAUGAAGUAAAAUGAAAAUUAAAAUCUUGCUCGCCCAAUCUACUCCGUGAUUGUGGAAUACAGGCUAAUAAUAGUGCUCCAGGAAGCAAUUAAGAGCUAACUAAGAGCACCCAUUUCAAACUUGACUUGUCACAAUGCAUCACUGUCACUGUGCUGAAAAAUGUUCUGCUCUAUUAGUGACCCAACAAAGUGAAAACGAAAUUAUAUUAUUCCCCUGCAAAGAAGUAAAAUCGCCAGAAAUCACUUCUUCAUUGAAGCAAAAUAGCUGAUGGUGAGCAUGUGCUUCGGUAAAACACACUUAUAAUCAUCAGCAACAGUAAUAAUUGCUGGCAAUGUCUCAUUGUAAAAUAUCUGUGUAACAAUGGAUCAAUCAGCUCGUAUGACUAACAUGAUCUCUAGCAAACACACUAUGGGUGUAAAUAUCAUUCAACACAGAUUUUUCACUGAAACCUCUCCUAUAUCACAUCGUUCUGGUGAACAGUGAAACCAUUGUUCUGAAAAAGAAUCGAAUAUACCUCUCGAAUCUA